AUGGACUCCCUUUUGAAUAAUUUGGAUCCCGAAUUGCGUAAUUCGGUUUUAUCUAUUGUUAAAAAGGUACCAGAAUCUGUAUCAAUUUUCCAAAAGGUUUACGAUGCUGGUAGAACAAGUAAUAAUGAAUUCGAACCAUUGAGGAAAUCUCAAAAAUUGGGGAAUGAGAGUACCUCUGAAGAGAGUAUUGAUAGAUCAAGUGUGAUCUUUGGAUUAAACGAUGUUUCUGUACUAUCACCACUACGAAAGAAAUUAAAUUUGGCCCUACAUCUUAGUCGUGGUGAUAAAACCCCAACGUUAUCGUUGUUAAGAGAUGGUAGACAAGAAUUGGCCAUUAGGGAUUUAGGUAAAAAUAUUACUAUGGCAGUCUUCUUACCAGUAGCCGAAAAAAUGGGCAACGUCUACCUUUUUAUCACAUAUACAAAAUCUGUGGAUGAUAAGUACGGUGAUCCCAUACUAAUAACAUUGAAUAAGGAGUCCGUAUUACAACAAUUCAAACAAAAUGGUAUUAUUGAAAACGAGAUUGGCGAAUUCACUAAAUGCAUUGAAUAUAUGAGGAAACAAGCAAUCCUAGCCGGAUUUAGGAUUACUGAUCCAUUUUUCACAAAUUCAUCUCAACAAUCACCAUCAUUCCAUGUCGAAUGUCAUAGAGGUACAAAGGAAGGAACUCUGUAUUUCUUGCCAGAGCAUCUAAUAUUCGGAUUCAAGAAACCCAUACUGGUUUUCCAAUCAUCUGAUAUUGAAUCCAUUACGUAUACAUCAAUUACCAGGUUAACCUUUAACGUCAAUUUAGUGACAAAGGAGGAUGAGAAGUUUGAAUUCUCAAUGAUAGAUCAAAGUGAAUAUAAUAAGAUUGAUGACUAUGUGAAAAGAAAGCAGGUUACAGAUAAAUCAAUGUCGGAAGAAUUAAAGGCAAAGUCGAAUUAUAAAAAUCAGCAAGCAGCACAAGGUGAAAACAACGAACCAUCUGCAUUAAAAGAAGCAGCGCAACUCAUGGAAGGUGGUAAUGAAGGUGGUAAUUUGAAUGGAGCUGAAUUUGAUGACGAUGAUGAUGAAAAUGAUGCAAAUUUCGAAGAAGAAAGUGGAUCUUCUGAUGGAAGUGAUGAGUCAGGGGAAGAAGAAAUGAAUGAUGAAACUGCUGAUCGUGAAGCAAUGCGUGAAGAACAACAUGAUGAACAGCAUGAAAUGGAAGAUGCAGAAGCCGAGGAAGCCGAAGAUUUAGAACAGGAGCAAGACGGCGGUGGAGAUGCAGAUGAUAUCCCCAUCGAACUUGAUGAUGACGAUGACGGGGACGAUGAUGAAGGAUCAGGUGUAGAGUACGACUAA